GGUGCAUUUCUGCCACUGCCAGUGAUGCUUUGAAAUGGUCAGCUCAAGUCCUCGUAAAUCUGACUUUGCGUAUUAUCCCUACGAUGGCGUUCUUAAAAACCUAUGCCUCAAAUAAACAGUUGCGCUCCAAGGAUCUAAGGAACGUUGUCAUGAAUGCGCUCAAGGAGGGUAAGUUUCUAGACGACAAUGGAUGUAUUUCUCCCCGGAAUAUGGGAAAGGGACAGAAUGAGAACGAGACUUUUGCAUUUCUAGGCCAAGUCGCCGAAACUAUCACUCGCGCUGCCACCCAGCACGAUGAAACCUUGAAGCCCCAGGCUGUUGCCUGCCCGUCUCCUACUGCUACAUAUCAACACCCAAAACUGGGAUACCGUUUCUUUCCUGACUGGACAGCAGUGUUCAAUGUGCUCUCUUCUAGCAUUCACGUAGAUGCAAAGCCUUCGACAGUCAGUGCAUCCAGAAAGGCACCUGUCAAAACUUUAGACAUUGCAUCAAUCGCGGAAUUCAAGCUCGAAGAUACUACCGAAAAGAUUAUUGAUAACGAAGAAAAAAUGGUUGGGGCUGCAAAGCAGUUGCUUGGGAAUGAUCCGUGCCGGGAGCGUAUUCUAGGUUUCACGAUGGAGAAAAAGCGAACCCGAUUUUGGGAUUUUUCGCGAUGUGCAAUCACAGUGUCCGAGCCUUUUGAUCUUAACGAGAAACCUGAAUUACUGGUCGACUUUCUUCUUUUUGUCAUUUUCGCAAAAAAGCAUGAAAUCGGAUUCGAUCCUACAAUGCACAACAUCUCCGUGGGCGGCGAAGAUUGCUCCUGUUAUGAAAUCGGCAACUGCUUCUUUCUCAUCGUUGGGUCGCCGCUUACCGAAGCAGCUGCAUAUCAGAUGGUCGGGCGUGCUACUCGAGUUUGGGUUGUUGUAGGACUAUUUCCCGACAGAAAUGGAGAUAUCGAAGUCGGAGGAAGGCUUCGACGAGGUGUUACCAGACGUGUCUUGAAGGAUGUUUGGUUAUAUGACAAGGCACUCUGCGAGCGAGAGAUCCAAUCAAGUAUUUUGAAAAAGCUUGAUGCCAAACAAAAAACCAAACUCGAGGAACACUUUCUCACCUUCAUCAUGGAGGAGGUAAUCAUCUUUGAAGGAGAGCCGAAGCGUACUUUCAAAAAACCCUCUCUCACCGAAGUCGAACCUAUCAUGAUGUCCCGGACACACAUGCUGCGAAAGCAUGUCCGUUCUGUAGUAAAUGAAGAGUGUGAAAAUCUUUAUCAACUCACCGAUUUCAAGAAAGCUUUAACAUGCUGGAGAGAUAUGAUCAUAUGUCUUGAUCUAUUCCGUAUCGCUGGCUUCAUUCAUCUUGAUUUGAGUGGAGGGAAUACACUGUUACUUGAAGGCAGGGGGAUAAUAUCUGAUCUGGAAUACGCCAAGAGGUACAAUGAGGUGUCGAGUCACGAUCCCAAGACGAGCACGCCUGAUUUCAUGGCUGCAGAAUACCAGGCGAACUUUUUCUUUUUCCUCCCCUCUCGAACAGACGCAACCGCAGAACUCUUUAAAUUACAGGACGAGUGGUUUGCACCCCAUUUUGUACACGAUGUGGAAUCGGUUUACUGGCAAUAUCUAUGGUUCCUCCACAACCGCAUCCCUAAGACUCCGGAGCCCUCGCAGUCAGCUUUGGAAAAAGUCAAACAACAAGCUGGACGGUAUUUUGGUCAUAGUAUCGACGGAAAUCAGGACCGCUUCGAAGUCAUCCGAAACGAAACAAGCGAUAUAAAGCUCCUAGGUGUCUUGGAAUCUGUAUAUUGCCCUCUCAUCCUACAACCCCUUGAUCUGUCGAUAACUCUGCGUGAAGAAUACCGGCGGGUUGUCAGGUCGCUUCCCAUGAAAAAGAGCGAUGAUGCCUGGCGGCUGGGGGACGUGUUCAAUGGGGAUAUUUAUGAGAAGUUCCUCGGAAAGCUCCAGGCUGUGUUGGAUGCAUACCCGGAUGGGUACAUCACUCUCGAUGCUGCCCGUUGAGCGGAAGUGGCGAUCUUCAAGCUCUGACUGCAAACCAAAGAAGUAGCACGUACCUCCAGAACUUUAAACAUCUGCUGGUGGGGCUGGAGUAGUUGGUAUCAACGAUCUUCGGCGCAUAAACAACGAGCCUAUCAGGAA